AUUUCAUUUUGUCUAUGAUUUUAUAUGAAUAAAAACAUGUAAUUGUACAAAGAUUUAGGUUUAAUUUAGUAAUAAAACAUGAUUGUUACGACAGAAGUAUCAAAUGACGAUAUGCAUUAUGACACAAUGAGUUUUUACAUCGGUCUAGGACUAGCGAUUAGUUCUAGCGGAUUUAUAGGUGCCAGUUUUAUCAUUAAGAAAAUAGCUUUAAUUCGACUUCAGAGAUAUGGUGGAACUCGUGCGUCUUCUGGAGGGUUUGGUUAUUUAAAAGAAUGGAUAUGGUGGGCUGGUCUAUUAUCUAUGGGAAUAGGAGAAGUGGCAAAUUUUAUCGCAUAUGCCUUUGCGCCUGCAUCGCUUGUAACACCAUUGGGUGCAUUGAGUGUUUUAGUAUCGGCAGUAUUAGCUUCCAAAUAUCUUAAUGAAAAAUUAAAUCUAUUGGGAAAGAUGGGUUGUUUAUUAUGUGUCUUAGGUUCCACUAUAAUAGUAUUACAUUCUCCUAAAGAGGAAGAAGUUAGUAGCUUAAGUGAUUUAAUUAUCAAGAUAAAACAACCAGGUUUUAUAUCUUACAUUCUAAUUGUCAUAAUCUGUACCUUGUUAAUUAUAUUUUAUUUUGGUCCAGCGUAUGGCAAACAAAAUGUUUCAGUGUAUAUUUGUUUAUGCUCCUCUGUGGGUUCUUUAACUGUUAUGAGUUGUAAAGGCCUAGGCUUAGCUUUAAGAGAGACCAUAUCUGGUAAAGAGAACGCAUUUGUCAUUUGGCUGACAUGGGUCUUCAUAUUUAGCAUUAUUCUUUGCAUCAUAGUACAGAUGAAUUAUCUAAACAAAUCGCUUGAUUUGUUUGACACAUCUAUUGUGACACCAAUUUAUUAUGUUCUCUUUACAACAUUGGUGAUAAUUGCAUCCGCGAUUCUAUUCAGAGAAUGGGAGAAAAUGAGUGUGGAGAAUAUUUUGGGUGCCUGCUGUGGUUUUCUCAUAGUUAUAAUUGCUAUAUUCUUAUUGAACGCGUUUAAAGAAAUAGAUAUAUCUUAUGGUAAUAUUAAGCACAUAUUGAAACCCAAAAGGGAAAUACUUAUGAAUUAUCAUUCAAAAUGGGAGGAUCAAGAAAGAGUAACGAGUAGAUUAGAAUCUCAACAUUUGUUGAGUCAUAAUUACGCCAAUUCAGAUCUCACUAGAACUGUCUGAAAUUAUUUUUAAAGUAUAAAUAGCACAACAAAUUGUGUUAAAUUGAUA